CAGUGGAGGACUUUACUUACGCCGUGUCUCACCACGAACACAGCGUCCCAACGUACGACAUUCUUGGCCGUCGAUCCUCCAACUCUAGCACGCCAUACCCUACUCCUGGCCACACCACACGGGUCAGGAGGAUCAUAUUGAUGCUGCCUCUAACCGCAGUCAUACUCAUCUUAGACGAAGAAAAACGUUUCCCAGAUCGCAAGAAAAAGUCAUCAGAGAAGCUAGAAAUAUUUACUACUCCAAAGAUAUACUACUGGAAAAUGAUACCCGCCUCAGCUCAUACGAAUUACGAUUAACACUUGUGUGGGCGCCAUGUGGGUCGAGGAUGGACCAUCCCAGUACAAGGUCUGGUCGGAAGGUCACUAAACUGCACGAUCUGGCCGCUGCAAGAGUCGUCCCUGACGUCAUCGUUGUAGGUAUCGGGACAUGGAUGUUGUUGAUGCGAUAUUAUGACGACGAGCUGGUCCCUUUCACUGAGCUGGACAUGUUGACUCGACCAGUGGUGGAGCCUCUCACUCGUCUUGCUUCUAGAACAACACUUCUCCUCUGGUCUCAAAGUCGUUACCGCUGGUUCAACUAUGAAGAAGUUUCGCCGGAAAUGACAGACCUUGAUGAAGUAUGGGAGAGAAAAAUUUAUUAUAACCAGUUCUCUGAUGCAAUCCCCUUUACCGACGCCUGGUUGUGGAGAUUACUGAGGUGGAGAUCCUUUUGA